CCGCACUGAAGCUUGUUUUACUACGGACACCUUAGAUCAGCGGGGAAAAACACAUGUAUAUUUUAUAGAAAGUGUAUUAAGUAAAAUUAGCCUUGACUUUCAUAUUCGGGUUAAUUUAAUAUUCAGGGUGACUUGUACACGUAACAGUCUGAAUAUUUCAUUAAUUAUUAGACUCAGGUAGUCUUUUAUGAAUGUAAUUAUGAGCUCGGCGUCUACUGCAGUGCUGCUGGAAACGAUCAACUUUGCCGCAGAGAAACAUCGUAAUCAGCGCCGUAAAGAUCCCGAUGCCACACCAUACAUUAAUCACCCCAUAGGGGUGGCAAGGAUUUUAAGCCAUGAGGGUGGAAUCACAGAUAUCGAAGUUUUGCAAGCAGCAUUGCUUCAUGACACUGUAGAAGACACUGACACAACCGUUGAGGAGCUGGAGUCUGUGUUUGGACCAACAGUGGCGAGAAUUGUCCAGGAGGUGACCGAUGACAAGACACUCCCAAAAGAAGAGAGAAAACGCCUACAAGUGGAACAUGCACCACACCGCAGCCAACAGGCCAAGCUGGUUAAACUAGCUGAUAAGUUGUAUAAUUUACGGGACCUCAAUCGUUGCACCCCCAUAGGUUGGACAACAGAAAGAGUUCACAAAUACUUUGUAUGGGCAUCUCAAGUGGUAAAAGGGCUUCGUGGCACCAACACAGCGCUUGAGGAAAAACUGCAGCAGCUAUUUUUGGAGAGAGGAGUGCAGUUGUAAUGGUGCUUUUAUAAUGCAUUUGAUCAUCAUUCAUGGAAUGCUCCUAGCCAUAAAAAAGAUUUUGAAAUGUUUUUCUGAAAUUUAAAUAUUCUGUGUGUGUGAGUGUGUAUUUCACCCUUUCUUUGUUAUAUAAUAAUAAUGGACAAAGGCAUGCACUGUUAUGAACUGCAAUUAAAGUUUUGGAGAAGGUUAACAAAAAGUUAUGUAUUAUUAUUCCUAAACUGAUUAAUAGGAAUAAUAAUGAUCUAAAAAGUACUGCUGCUUCUCCCUGAUAAAGAUUUUCCAAUGGUGACGACAGAUAAAAUACCACAUGAAUUGUUUCUAAAUACACUGUGAAAGCUUGAUAUUAGCCACCAGUGUCGUGUGAUUCCAGAAAAUAUAUUUAAAUAAAAUUACAAAUAUUCUGAGUCUUAAAUUUGUACUAGUCCGUAGAUUAUUUAUUUUUUGUGAAAUCAUAAUGAAUAUGCAAUUACAAUAAAACAACAAAAUUUAGAUAAUAUGAAGACACAACAAAUUAAUCUUUAAAAAAAAAACAUUGUUUUCAACUAAGUUAUAUGUUUGCUGACUAAUACGUUUCCAAGUCAAGGUAGUAGAAAUUAUCAUUGGGAAAUUAACCAUGUAUCUUUUCCCAUACACACAAAAUAUGUUAAUACUAGAUAAUAAAUACCCACCAUCAGAGUUUCUUAAACAUAGACUUAAUAAUAAUUGCACUUUUUGUGAUGUCAAAAUUAAAUCAACCCAUCAUUUGUUUUUCUAUUGUGUAUUCUGGAACACAUGUAGAACUGGCUUAAACUUAAUAAAUUCAUUAACUGAAUUUGAUAAUAAUUAUAUAACUUUUAUAAUAACAGAAGAUGAUCCCGUUUUUAUUUUAUUUUACAUUAUUUUGGGGAAAUGCAAUAUCCAUAAAUUAAAGUGCUUUAAAACAACCAUUAGGCCUAUUAUCUGUAUUUCAAAAACAAUUCCAGAUUUAUUGUAGGUCCUUAAAAUAUGUAAAAAGACAAAUUGCUUUUUUAUGUUCUUUUUUAUUUUAUGGUUGUUGUGAAAGGUGCUAUACAAAUAAA